GUCAUUUGCCAAGGGAAAUGGCUCUCAAGCAGCAGGGCCUGGGGUUUCCGUGUCACGCUGAGUUUGGGCAAAAGGUGGAGCCAAGAAUGGGAAAUGGGUGGGAUGAUGGGGCAGGCUGUCAGACGGGAGCAGGGCUGGAGGGAGUGAAAGAAGAGCGUCAUGCCAUUGAGGAUACCUCUGCAGGACAAAUGGUCGAGGUCUCCAGGUGGGAAGAACUGCAACAGGUGAAACAGGAACCCGAAGAACAGUUGUCACAGCGCUGGGAAGCCCAGUGGCAAGAGCUGCUGAAGACGGUCGAGUCCCCUCAUGCAGGUUGGGGAGUCCCACAGAGAGCAGAGGAGCCCACCCCAUGGGACGACACAAAGGCCUUUCUGGCUUCCUUCGAGCAAGUGGCCGAAGCUUGUCGGUGGCCCAGGGAGGAGUGGGCGGCCCGACUCUUGCCAGCCCUCAGCGGAGAAGCCAAGCAGGCCUUCAGCAGGCUGGGAGUCCGAGACAGAGAGGAUUAUGGGAAAGUGAAGGCAGCCAUCUUGAGAGGGGAUGCCCUGAGCAGAGAGAAGCAGCGGCAGCACUUCCGGCGUUUCUGCUACCAGGAGGCCGAGGGGCCGAGAGGGGUGUACAGUCAGCUGCAGGAACUUUGCCAUCAAUGGCUGAAAGUCGAGAGACACACGAAGGAGCAGAUUCUGGAGACGCUGAUCCUGGAGCAGUUCCUCACCAUCCUGCCCCAGGAAAUGCAGAGCUGGGUCAGGGGGAAUAGCCCAGAGACAUGUCCCCAAGCUGUGGCCCUGGCUGAGGAUUUCCUACAGCAGCAACAAGUGAACAAGAAACAGAAACCUCAGGUGCCAGAGCCAUUUGAAGAACAGGUUUCAAAUUUUGCCGAGGUCCAGCAAGUACGGCCAUCCACCAAGUCCAGACCAGACUGCAGUGGGAUCAAACUGGAGGGCGCUAUGGAUGCCAGUUUGCUGGUCAAAGUGAGCAAGCGUGCAGCGGAGAGCUCUGCCGAGGUGGAAAAGGGUGGCAAAAGGCCUCGCAAGGUGUUGCCCUUGAGUGAGAAGAUCAAGCUGCUGGACAUGUUGGCUCGUGGGGACAGCGUGGCAUCCGUUGGCCGCCAUUACGGCAUCAACGAGUCCACGGUCCGCUCCAUUAAGAAGUGUGAAGCCAGCAUCCGCACCAGUGUGGUCUCGGGCACGUCGCAGAGUCUGAAGGUGGUGUUCCAUCCACGUGAGCCCCACAUGGAACGGAUGGAAAAGGCCCUCAGCCUGUGGAUCGAGGACCAGACCCAGAAGAACGUGCCACUGAGUGGACCAGUCAUUCGCGAGAAAGCACUGCAGCUCUACAGGCGCUUUGCGGCGGAAAGUGGUCAAGCGGCGGCAACGCCAGGAGGCACAGAGUCCGGUUUCCAGGCCAGCAGGGGCUGGUUCGAAAGGUUUAAGCGCCGCUACAGCCUCCACAAUGUUAAGCUGUCGGGGGAAGUAGCAGCAGUGGACCAUGAGGCGGCAGAACGUUACCCAGUAGAGUUCCAACGGCUGAUUGAGUCCGGAGGGUACAGGCCAGAGCAGGUCUUCAACGCUGCUGAGACGGGCCUCUUCUGGAAGAGGAUGCCAUCCCGGUCCUUCAUCAGCAAGGAAGAAAGAACUGCUCUGGGCUUCAAGGCAGCCAAGGACCGCCUGACUCUGCUGGUGUGUGGCAAUGCUGCAGGGGACUGCGUCGUAAAGCCCAUGCUGCUUUACCGAGCCCAAAACCCUCGCGCCCUGAAAGGGAAGAACAAGAGCCAGCUCCCCGUCUUCUGGAGAGCCAACAGGAGAGCGUGGGUGACCGCAGCAGUUUUCUCAGACUGGGUGAACAACUGCUUCCUUCACGAGGUGCGGAGGUACCUUGCCACAAAGAACUUGGCCUUCAGAGUCCUCCUGGUGCUGGACAACGCCCCUGGCCACCCUGAGGCCCUGCAGUUUGCGCACCCAGCCCUGCAGAUUGCCUUCCUGCCAUCCAACACCACCUCGUUGAUCCAGCCGAUGGAACAAGGUCUGAUCGCGACCUUCAAGUCUUAUUACACCCGGCGCACCUUUGGGCGGCUGCUGGAUCUGAUGGAGGCCGAUCCCUCUCUGUCGGUCAGCGAUUGCUGGAAGGGCUAUAGCAUCGCCGACUGCAUCGAAAACAUUGCCGCAUCCCUGUCGGAAAUAAAGCCCCACACGUGGAAUGUGGUGUGGAGGAAGUUGUGGCCCAGGGUGGUGACCUCUUCACCCGCCGCCGCCGUUCCCUCGGUGUCGGAUGAGGUGCAGCGCAUCACUAGCCUUGCUCGCGCUGUUGGUGGUGAAGGCCUGGAAGACAUCGAGGCCCAUGAGGUGCAGGAGCUCCUCGAGUCCCAUCAGGAGGAGCUCAUGGCGGAAGAACUGGAGGAGAUGAUGCAGGCAGCUCCCGAGAGCGAGGGAGAAGAGGAGGAGGAGGAAGAGGAGGAAGAGACGUUCCCCAAGCCCUUCACCAUGAAGGGACUCUCGGAGAUCCUUCAGCUGGGGACUGCCUUGUCGGACAAAGUGUUCGAGCUCGACCCACUGAUGGAGCGGAGCAUCAAUUUCAAGAGGCAGCUGGAGGCUGCUUUGCAACCCUACAAGGGCACUUACAGGGCUAUGCAAAACAGGGCAAGACAGGCCAGCAUCAGAGCAUAUUUCUCCAAGGCCGCUAGUACCUCCACCACCACCGCAGCAGCAGCUGAGGAGUGGCACUGGCUGUCAUCACCCGAAAGUGACACCUGCACUUUUGCUGGCUUUGAGGAGGGAGACGACGAGGGUGAUGACAACGGGGGCAGCAGGUCUGCCUCUGUGGGGCCUGCUUCUGUUGUGUGA